ACUGUAUAAUCUUAAACCCUUUUACAUUAAUCCACUUUCAGAGCUGCGCAGAAAGUUUAAAAUUGGGUGGAGCUGCUCCUUAAAAGCCUUAUUUAAAGCUCAGACUGACUCAAAGCGAGCCUCAGUGGAACUGAUUACAUCUGGAGGAAGGUUGAUUCUGCAGAUUUCUCAGCUGGAGAAAUGGAUCAUGGUGUGUUUUAUCUGCUGGCAGUGACUCUUACAGUGGCUGCUUUCACGGAUGCUUCAUCUAUGAAAGCCAAAAAUCUCGCUCUUUAUGGAAAAGCCACUCAGUCCUUCCUGGUUCAAAACCCCUGGACAGGACACGGUCAUGCCUACAACGCUAUAGACGGAAAUACUGAUUCAAACUACGACCAUGGGUCCUGCACCGCCACCACAUUUCAGCCGAACCCUUGGUGGAGGGUGGACCUGCUGGAUGAGUACACGAUAACCUCCAUCACCAUCACCAACCGAGGAGACUGCUGUUCAGAGAGGAUCAACGGAGCCGAGAUACGCAUCGGAAACUCUCUAAUCAACGAGGGAAACGAUAACCCACGGGUCGCGGUGGUUUCUUCCAUCCCUGCUGGAAAAGACAAAACCUUUAAUUUCGGAGGAGGAGUCUCUGGACGUUACGUCAACAUUAUAAUACCUGGAAAACAUCGGAUCCUGACUCUCUGUGAGGUUCAAGUGUUUGGAUCCAGACGUUCAGAAUCGUUGACACAAAUACCGUCCCAAUUAAAAAACCUGGCUCUCGCUGGAAAAGCCACUCAGUCCUCGUUUGUUGAUCAGCCCUAUAAGAUCUUUCACGGUCAUCCCUACAAGGCCAUCGAUGGAAAAAACACUUCAGAGUACAGCAAGGGGUCCUGCACUCACACUGAGACCCAGGACAACCCCUGGUGGAGGCUGGACCUGCAGGACGAGUACACCGUGACCUCCGUCACCGUCACCAACAGAGGAGACUGCUGUUCAGAGAGACUCAACGGAGCCGAGAUACGCAUCGGAAACUCGCUAUCCAAUGACGGAAACAGUAACCCACGGGUUGGAGUGAUUUCUUCUAUUUCUGCUGGAAAAUCCCAAACCUUCACCUUAAACCAAGGAGUCUCUGGACGUUACGUCAACGUGAUCAUUCCUGGAAAGAAACGGAUCCUGACUCUCUGUGAAGUUGAGGUCUUCGGGUACCAUCCUUCACAAGUGAAAAACCUCGCUCCGCGUGGAAAAGCCACCCAAUCAUCCCUUGCGUUUGACGGUCACCCUUCUAAAGCUAUAGAUAAAAAUAAGGACACAAACUACCACCAGGGUUCCUGUACUCACACUGUAAUCCAGCAGAACCCCUGGUGGAGGGUGGACCUUCUGGACGAGUUCACAAUAACCUCCAUCGUCAUCACCAACCGAGGAGACUGCUGUGCCGGGAGGCUCGAGGGAGCCGAGAUUCACGUCGGAAACUCGUUAAUCAACAACGGAAAUGAUAAUCCACGGGUUGAGGUGAUUAAGUCCAUUCCUGCUGGAAAAUCCCAAACCUUCCACUUAAAAAAAGAGGUCUCGGGGCGUUACGUCAACCUGAUCAUACCUGGGAGUAACCAGAUCCUGACUCUCUGUGAGGUCGAAGUGUUCGGGUACCAUCCUUCACAAGUCAGAAACAUCGCUUUCGGAGGAACAGCCACUCAGUCGUCGUUUGUUGAACAGCUUUACGCAACUCAUGGUGAUCCAUCCAAAGCCAUCGAUGGAAAAACCACUUCAGAGUACAGCCAGGGGUCCUGCACUCACACUGAGACCCAGGACAACCCCUGGUGGAGGCUGGACCUGCAGGACGAGUACAAUAUAUACUCCAUCUACAUCACCAACAGAGGAGACUGCUGUUCAGAGAGGAUCAACGGAGCCGAGAUACGCGUCGGAAACUCUUUAUCCAACAAUGGAAAUGAUAAUCCACGGGUCGGGGUGAUUUCUUCCAUCCCUGCUGGAAAAAGCAAAAGCUUUCAUUUUAAAGAAGGAGUCUCUGGACGUUACCUCAACGUGAUCAUACCUGGAAAGAAACGAAUCCUGACUCUCUGUGAGGUUCAAGUGUUUGGAUUCCCACGUUCAGAAGGAAACGCUGCACUGAAAGGAUUCGCUGCCCAAUCCAGCAAUUAUGGAACUGGCUGUGCGAUCAAAGCCAUCGAUGGAAACCGAGAUGGAAACUACUUCUCCGGUUCCUGCACUCACACGAAAUACGACCUCAGUCCCUGGUGGAAGCUGGACCUUCAGAAAACUCACAAGGUGUCGUCCAUCACCAUCACCAACCGGCAGGACGCUGUUCCCGAGAGACUGAACGGAGCUGAGAUCCGAAUCGGAGACAAUCCGGCUCACAACGGCAUCCAGAACCCCAAGUGUGGUGUGAUUUCCUCCAUUGGUAAAAACCCCUCCGUGACCUUCCAGUGUAACGGGAUGAAGGGGAGGUACGUCACCAUCGUGAUUCCGGGAAGGAAGGAGUAUCUGACGCUGUGUGAGGUGGAGGUGUUUGGAGCUCCAGUGCAGUGAGGAUCCUCCUGAUUUCCCAGUUGCAGGAUCACCGAAUGUCUCUUUUAGAAACCAAGCUAUUGUUUAUGGAGCCAAAUCAGGGACAGAAGUUUUGUCAAUUUGAAAAGAAAAAUUUAAACCGAAAGUUUAAGUAUUAAGCUUGAACUUUGAAAAAUACAAAAAUAUAUUCAAAAUAAAAAAUAAGUGUAUCAUAUGUUUUUUUCAGAUUAUAUAUAAUUUUGAUUCAGUUUGGGAAUUAUUUAUAAACCAUUUUUGUUUUUUUUAAUUUUCACUUUCUCGUGUAUUUUGAUUUUUAAUCUUUAAAUUCUAUUGAUUUUUAAGUAAAAUAUGUAAAAUGUAAUAUACAAUAGACUCAGCACUGUAUUGUGAAUAUAAAGGGUGAUAGUUUGCUGACACCCAGCUGUAUCAUAAACAUUGCUGAAAUGCUAUUUAAUUGGUGAAUAUGUAAAUAUAAGAUCUCAAAUAUCAAAAUACACAAUUUAUUAUUUUAUUUUGAAUAUUUUUUGGUGUUUUUCAAAGUUCAAGCUUAAUACUUUUUUUUUUCAAAUUGGCAAAACUUUUGUCCCUGAUUUGGUCCUAGUUGUUCUUAUUCUAGUUCAGUAACUCUUAUUCUGCAUGUUUCAGUCUAUUUGAACAGUUUUCAUGCUGUAAAAAACAUUCUUGAGCCCAGCAAAUUUUGCUUAUUAAAAUGAUUGUUUCUGAACUCUGCUUAAUUAAAAGAGCAAGCAAAUCCCAAUA